UUUUUUCAUAACACUUUCAUUUCUUUAGUGAAUUUUUCAUUCAUUUCAAGUAUUGUUCUUGUGUGUUCUUUGUGUUAGGUUUCCAUUUUUUCUUCAAUUACAUUGAGUUUUCUUACAAACUAUAUUUGGAAUUCUUCCUCUGUCCUUUUAAUCAUUUCAUUUAUGUUGGUAUCCAUUGUUGAGGAUCUAAUUAUUUCUUUUGAGGGUGAAUUUUCUCUCUGAUCUUUCAUGUUUCCUGCAUUCUUUCGCUGAUUUCUUCUCAUUGGGCUACUUGGUUGAGAACUGGGGGUGCUAAGGAUUGUUUAUGGCCAUAUUUCCACAUGCCUAUGGGUUGUUCCUUGACAGCGCUAGGGAGUGACACACUGGUCCUUUAUUGCCUUAGGGGUAUUUUAGCAAGUUGUGUUACCUCUAAUCUAUUGUCUUCACCUCUUGCCAAUGGAGAGUAGUGAGUUUGUUCCCCCAGCUUAAGCUCCCAGUUGGUGGAUCACACUUGUGUGUAUGACUCCACUGCCCUCUAAUAGCUUGAGAUGGACAGCACUGUGUUUAAACUAUGGGGCUACCCUCUCUGUCGUUGAUUGUAGUUUCUGUGGAGGAGCCAGUUAUUGAGGUAAUCUGAUGAUGUCUCUGUGGUAGGCUCUGGUAACCUUGAUGAGAUAUAUUAAUGUCCUGAUCUUUGGGAGGGGACUUGCCACUCCUGAAGGUUACUUGGACUCUGUUCCCCCUUGAGGUGGGAAUAAGAGCAAGAUAGAUCACAGCAGUGUGUAUGAGCCUGAAUGGGUGUGCUUCUGUGGUUGCUUGGUCUGCUGCUAGGGGGAGCUGUUAAUAUGUUGGUCAGGUCUCUUUCACCAUACUUUAGAGGCUGCUCCUGAUGGGAGGGGUCAAUUGGUGCAAUUGCUGAGGUCAGGUUUUUCCUUCCUUAUCCACAAACCCCAGUGCUGGCAGUGGCUAACCCAGAGAGCAAACCCUAGAAUUAUGUUCUUAUUAGAUGACCUAAGCUGGUCUGCUGGGCCAAACCAAGUGAAUGCCAACUGUUUUUUUAGUAUCAAAGCCCUGCAGAUUCAUUCUAGUUCCAUAGAGAAAGUGGCUUUUCUCGCUUUUCCCCACCUCCAAAUGUCGAGCCCUCUGUGCCUGACACGAAUGUACCUGGGCUGGGUGAGAGGUGUUGCCAGAAACCACCAUAUGCUGUAGCAUCUCUGGGCUGGGAGCCCCAAAAUGGUGGCUGCCUGCCCCUCUAGAGCUAGUGUUGGGACCACCCCUUAGGAGUUGGCAGAUGCCAGUCCAGCAGGCUGACUCAAUGGGCAAAGUCCCAGAGAUUCACCUGAGCUGCACUGAGAAAGUGGCUUUUCUACUUCUCUCCAUUCCCAAGGGCAGAGCCCACUGUGUGGGAGAGGUGUUGCCUGAAAUUGCCAGUGCACCAGCAGCGUCUCUGGGCUGGGGAUCCCCAAAAUGGCAGCUGCCCACCCUUGGAAAGCUAGUGUUGGGGCGACCCCUUAGGAGUUGGCAAAUAUCGGUCUGGUGUGUGGAAUCAACAGGCCACCUACUGUCACUUCUGCAUCUCAGUCCCACAAUCUCACAUCUGCUUAGCAGAGGAUCCUCCUCUUUUUGUCCUGCUCUGAAUUGGCCAAAUUGUCAGAAGUUUGCAAGGGCAGAGACCCCUUUUCAGCCUUCACCUCCUGUGCUCUGGUCCCACUGACCACCAGAGGUCAGUUGUCUGUCUCCAAACUCCCUCCCACUGGUUGCUGGAAGUAACCACUCAGAGAAGUCCCUCCUCUGCCCAGUGCGGUCCCAGCACAGAGUAAUGGAGAGUUCAAAAUGUUUCCUGCCAUUGUCUCCUUUCCACAGAGCCUGUCAUCCCAUGCCAUGACUUUUCAUCAACUUCAGCUGCGUCCCUGUCUGAGUGGGUGUGGAGGUCUGUGGGGGAGCCGGACGUCCUCCUGUGGGUCAGAUUGCAUUGCGCUAGCUGGCCCGGUAGAAAAUGUGAAAUUACUGGAUCGUUAUGUGGGUAAGAAACCAGCUAAUGGGAUUCUGUAUCUUACUGCAACUCACCUGAUCUAUGUGGAGGCUUCUGGUGCAGCCCGGAAAGAAACAUGGAUUGCACUCCAUCACAUUGCCACUGUUGAGAAGUUACCCAUCACUAGCUUGGGCUGUCCCCUGACUCUCCGCUGCAAAAACUUCCGGGUGGCCCACUUUGUUUUAGACUCUGACCUUGUGUGCCAUGAGGUUUAUAUUUCACUGCUCAAGCUUUCUCAGCCAGAAUUACCUGAAGAUCUUUAUGCUUUUUCUUAUAAUCCUAAAUCCUCAAAAGAGAUGAGGGAAAUUGGGUGGAAACUGAUUGACCCAGUAUCAGACUUUGGGCGAAUGGGAAUACCCAAUAGGUACUGGACCAUAACAGAUGCCAACAGAAACUAUGAGAUAUGCAAUACAUACCCUCCUGAAAUAGUGGUUCCUAAAUCUGUUACCUUGGGAACAGUGGUUGGAAGUUCGAAGUUCAGAAGUAAAGAACGUGUCCCUGUACUCUCCUACCUCUACAAAGAGAAUAACGCUGCCAUUUGCCGCUGUAGCCAGCCUCUGUCUGGAUUUUACACUCGUUGUGUAGACGAUGAGCUCUUGCUAGAGGCCAUUAGCCAAACAAACCCAGGGAGCCAGUUUAUGUAUGUUGUAGACACAAGACCAAAGUUGAAUGCCAUGGCCAACCGUGCAGCUGGGAAGGGGUAUGAAAAUGAAGACAACUAUGCCAACAUUCGCUUCAGGUUUAUGGGCAUUGAGAACAUCCAUGUGAUGCGGAGCAGCCUGCAGAAACUCCUGGAAGUUUGUGAAUUGAAAACUCCAACAAUGAGUGAAUUUCUUAGCGGCCUGGAGAGCUCAGGGUGGUUGAGACACAUUAAAGCUAUUAUGGAUGCUGGAAUUUUCAUUACAAAGGCAGUGAAGGUAGAAAAGGCCAGUGUCUUAGUUCAUUGUUCCGAUGGGUGGGACCGCACAGCACAAGUCUGCUCAGUGGCCAGCAUCCUCUUAGAUCCAUUUUAUAGGACAUUCAAAGGACUCAUGAUCCUGAUAGAGAAGGAAUGGAUAUCCAUGGGCCACAAGUUUUCCCAAAGGUGUGGCCACCUGGAUGGAGACUCAAAAGAAGUGUCCCCUAUCUUUACCCAGUUCCUAGAUUGUAUUUGGCAAUUAAUGGAACAGUUUCCCUGUGCCUUUGAAUUUAAUGAAAACUUCCUGUUGGAGAUCCAUGACCAUGUUUUUUCCUGCCAGUUUGGAAACUUCCUUGGAAACUGUCAGAAGGAUCGGGAAGAUCUAAGAGUUUAUGAGAAAACACAUUCCGUGUGGCCUUUCUUGGUUCAGAGGAAACCAGACUUCAGGAACCCUCUCUAUAAAGGCUUCACUAUGUAUGGGGUACUCAAUCCUAGUACUGUGCCCUACAACAUUCAGUUCUGGUGUGGAAUGUAUAAUCGCUUUGACAAGGGGCUACAACCCAAGCAGAGUAUGCUAGAGAGUCUCUUGGAAAUUAAGAAACAGAGAGCAAUGCUGGAGGCAGAUGUGCACGAACUAGAAAAGAAACUGAAAACCCGCGAUGAGCCACCAGAAGAGGUCUGUACCUGCUCUCAAUUAGGGAAUUUAUUUUCCCAGCAUCUGGGCAGUCCUUUGAGCAAUCCUCUUGGCUUUAUGGGUAUCGAUGGAGACCUGAAUACCUUGAUGGAGAAUGGUACCCUGUCCAGGGAAGGAGGCCUCCGAGCUCAGAUGGAUCAAGUAAAAAGCCAGUGUGCAGACCUCCACCAUGACUGUUGUGGGACUGUGGGAAGCCUAAGGGCCAUAAAUAUUUCUGGAGAUGUGGGCAUCUCUGGAGACACAGGCAUCUCUGAGGCCAGAGGUGUCUCUGGAAACAUGGACAUCUUUGAGGCUAUGGGCUUCUCUGGAGACAUGGGUAUCUCUGGGGCCACGAGCAUCUCUGAGGUCACUGGUAUCUCUGGAAACAUGGGUAUUUCUGAGGCCAGGGGCUUCUCUGGAGAUACGGGCAUCUCUGAGGCCAGUGACUUCUCUAGAGGCAUGAGUUUCUCUGGGGCCAUGACCAUCUUUGAGGACAUAGGCAUCUCCAAGGCCAGCACCAAGGACACAGGCUGUUCCAAGCAACAAUGAAAUGGCUACUCUGCUUCUGUGUUGGGUGCACCUGCAGCAGCCACAAUGAUCCUUGUCUCAAAGAGGGCUAUGCUGCUUUUCCAAUUGGUUGAAGUGGGUGAGGCCAGGCAUCCCUCCCCUCACCUAACGUCUAGAAGGGGAUUUAGGACCUUUACUGAUUAAGUAACCAGUAUUUCCAUGUUAAACAGUCCAUUAUGUAGGCAAG